AUGAAGACGUUUGAGGCUGAGGUCACCUAUAAACCAUUGAGCCCCCCCAAAGUAGGGCUGGGCUACCAAGGGUUUGAUCCACGCGUCGAAGUACUGCCUAAGGGAUGGUCAAAAGAUGGGAAAAAGCCCUUGACGUGUGACAUUCUGGUUGAGCAUGAUGUUGGAUACAAGGUGCGGGAUGGAGUCACCCUGUAUGCCGAUAUUCUUCGUCCUCCCACCGGAAAAGUCCCGGCUCUCGUUUGUUGGAGUCCCUUUGGAAAAAAGUUCAACGGCCUCGAUGCCUUGAAACUGAUGGCUCCAUUCAACCUCGGCCUUUCUGACGACGCAUUGAGCGGUUUGGAGAAAUUCGAGGGCCCGGAUCCAGCAUUUUGGGUGGAAAAGGGAUACGCCAUCGUCAACGUCGACAACAGAGGAAGUUUUGACUCCGAGGGCUCCUGCGCUGUUCUAGGAAGUCAAGAAGGAGAAGAUGGUCAUGAUGUUAUUGAACGUAUCGCAAAAGAGCCGUGGUGCUCAGGAAGCGUCGGAAUGGCAGGAAACUCGCAUCUUGCCCAAAGCCAGUGGUUUAUUGCAGCGCAGAGGCCCCCAUCGCUUAAAGCCAUUGCUCCAUGGGAAGGCUGCGCAGAUAUGUUCCGCGAAACCUUUGUUCGUGGUGGCAUCUAUUGUGCCGACCUCUUCGAUGAGCUCAUCUCCAAAUAUGUCAUUCACGGUCGCGAAAUCGAGAGCAUCCGAGCCAUGUUUGACAAGUAUCCCUUGGCAAAUGAUUACUGGAAUGACAAGCGCGCUGAUAUCGGCAAUAUCAACAUUCCAACAUAUAUCACCGGCACGUGGUCGAACACUAUGCAUGGCAUGGGCGCAAUCCGAGGGUGGCUACAGGUUGAUACCUCUGAGAAGUGGCUCAGAUUCCAUCCUUACCAAGAAUGGUAUGACCUAUGGGGAGUCCCUGAAUCCAAUCAGGAGCUUCUCAAGUUCUUCGAUCGGUAUCUGAAGGGGAUCGAAAAUGGAUGGGAGAGUACACCUCGGGUACGCAUGGCACUGCUGAAAUUUGGCCAGACACCAUCAGUGGCAGGCGUAGUGGAGGAGGAUUUCCCUAUCCCGAACACAAACUAUACCAAGGCUUACCUCAGUCCGAAUGAAAAAUUGACUUUCGACAAGCCCACAAGCGGCUCGGCUUUGUCCUACUCCGCUACCUCCCAAACGGAUUUCUUGAAGUUCACGCACACGUUCGAUAAAGCCACACGGAUCUUGGGCAUACCGAAGGCAGUCUUGUACAUGUCCUGCAAUGAGCACGACGAUAUGGACAUCUUUGUCAUUAUUCGCAAGUUAUCGGCAGCAGGCGAGCCUAUGUUAUGCUUAAACGUACCAUGGGAAGGACUGCCAGUGAAGACAUUCGACGAGAUUCCAGAGAAGCUGAGGACCGAGGUCAUCUUAUACAAAGGACCGACCGGCAUUCUACGGGCCUCCCAACGUGCAAUUGACCAUGGCCAGUCAAUGCACGCAAACUGGCCUUUCCACCCGCACGACAGGGAGGAGCGAAUUCCACCUGGAAAAGUUGUCAAAGUUGAGAUUGGAAUUUGGGCAACAGGCAUUGAGUUUGAAGCUGGAGAAGGCGUGCAGUUUGAAAUAGCCGGGCACUUCCGCGGCGUCUCGAACUUCGGAAAACCGGAGCAUGUUAAGAAUCAAGGCCGGCAUAAUGUGCAUAUUGGAGGUGAUUAUGACAGCCAUGUGAUUCUUCCCUUUUCUUAG